AGUGAUGUUGAGAGCCGUCAGUAUCUUUUGCCCGCCAUAUUGCCCUCAUCAGUGGGAGUGAUAGUAGAAGGGAGAGAUAAGGAAAUUAAUAACGCGCACAGCUCAUUUCUGAGAGUAGAUGGAAGGGGCGAUGGCGAGUCCAGGAAAAGAGAAUUAUAGGAUGAAGAGCUACAAGAACAAAGCGCUGAACCCACAGGAGAUGCGACGGCGCAGAGAGGAGGAGGGAAUUCAACUUCGCAAACAGAAGAGAGAAGAGCAGCUGUUUAAGAGGAGGAACGUGUCUGCCCCAUCGUGUGACGAGUCCAUGCUCGAGUGUCCCAUCCAGGAUCCAGACAUCAGCUCCACCGUGCCCAUGUCCUCAGACGCAGUUAUAACUCCAGACAUGAUUCAGAUGAUCUUUUCUGAAGACGCGGACCAGCAGCUCCUCGCCACGCAGAAAUUCAGGAAAUUACUCUCCAAAGAGCCCAACCCACCCAUUGAUGAGGUCAUCGCCACGCUCGGUGUAGUGAGCAGGUUUGUAGAGUUUCUGAAGAGGAGCGAUAACUGCACCCUGCAGUUUGAAGCAGCCUGGGCCCUGACCAACAUCGCCUCCGGAACAUUCCUGCACACUAAAGUGGUGAUUGAAACAGGAGCUGUUCCUAUUUUCAUCGAGCUGCUCAACUCUGAGUAUGAAGAUGUGCAGGAGCAGGCUGUGUGGGCACUUGGAAACAUUGCUGGGGAUAAUGCAGAGUGUAGAGAUUUUGUCCUGAACUGUGGAAUACUCCCUUCACUACAGCAGUUACUUGCGAAAUCUAACCGUCUCACCACCACUCGAAAUGCUGUGUGGGCUUUAUCUAACCUUUGCAGAGGUAAAAACCCUCCACCAGACUUCAGCAAGGUGUCUCCGUGUCUCAGUGUCCUCUCCAGACUGCUGUUUAGCAGUGAUCCAGAUGUUUUAGCAGAUGCCUGCUGGGCGCUUUCCUAUCUGUCUGACGGUCCAAAUGAGAAAAUCCAGGCCGUGAUUGACUCGGGGGUCUGUCGCAGAUUAGUGGAGCUGCUCAUGCACAGUGAUUAUAAAGUGGUGUCUCCUUCACUGCGGGCCGUGGGAAACAUCGUGACUGGAGACGAUAUUCAGACUCAGGUGAUCCUGAACUGUUCAGCUUUACCCUGUCUCCUUCACCUGCUCAGCAGCCCUAAAGAGUCAAUAAAGAAAGAAGCAUGUUGGACCGUUUCAAACAUCACAGCAGGGAACCGAGCGCAGAUUCAGACGGUGAUCGAUGCCAACAUUUUCCCCGUACUGAUCGAGAUCUUACAGAAAGCAGAGUUCCGCACACGGAAGGAAGCAGCGUGGGCCAUAACCAACGCCACCAGCGGGGGAACACCAGAGCAAAUCAGGUACCUGGUGUCUCUAAACUGCAUUAAGCCCAUGUGUGACCUGCUGACGGUGAUGGACUCAAAAAUUGUUCAAGUUUCUCUGAAUGGUCUGGAGAAUAUCCUCCGGCUGGGGGAGCAGGAAUCGAAACAGAACGGCACAGGCAUUAAUCCAUACUGCGCGCUCAUUGAGGAGGCAUACGGUUUGGAUAAGAUCGAGUUCCUGCAGAGCCACGAGAAUCAGGAGAUCUAUCAGAAAGCAUUUGAUUUAAUUGAGCAUUACUUUGGCGUGGAGGAGGAGGAUGCCAGCAUCGCCCCUCAGGUGGACCAGAAUCAGGACCAGUACAUUUUCCAACAGCACCAUGGACCCAUGGACCGCUUCCAGCUCUAAGUACCUCCAUCCCUCCAUCUCUUCUUCCAUUUCUCCCUCGAUCUCCAUCCCAGUACACACACAGAUACAACUUCCUGUUGGACUUCUGAGCUUAGACUUUUUCAAGCCAGAACUGUCUCUGUCUUUCUAUUAUUAUUAUUAUUAUUAUUAUUGUUAAGACAUUAGCACUGGUGUCCCUAAUAUUUACAUCCCUUCUGAAAUGUGAAGCUACCUCUUUAACCCUGUACUGAUCAGCAGGAUGCUGGCACUUGAGUUCUCGCUCUGAAAUACAAACUGCUCGUCACCCAAUCAGCUUUACAGGACACGCCCAUGUUGGACACACCAGUGUCAGACACGCCCAGAUUAAACAUACCCAGAUUAUUGCUGUUUUGUUUUACACUAAUUCCCUCUCCGAACUUCUGUACUCUUUAUUUAUUUCUGAAAAUAAACACAUGUAGAUGAGUGAGUCGGCAUGAAAAGAUGCAUUUUCAGUCAGCGGUCAAUUUUACAUCAGAAAAAGUGCGUGCGUGCGUGUGUUUAUGGGGAGGUCAGAUCCAGACUCCGAGUCACUACAGUGCAGUGGUAUUUAUUGGGGCUGAUGGGAUUGCAGUGUUUUUUGUGAGCUACAGUGUGAUAAUUCGCUGUUCCUUUUAGUGAAAGUUUUUAUUCUGUUUGUGUUUCUCACCUGUGACUCUGGAUUUCACCCAUGUCCACUUAAACACUUCCCACAAGUGUGCACUCAGAGCUGAACAAGUCACUGCUGAACACCUGGAGUGUUGAUGACCUUGUUCAGGUACAGAGCUUCUUGGGUAAAUCUACAGAGACCUCGACUCGCUUCCUCGUCUAAUGCACAUUGAAUACUGUUCAGUCAAGACAGUGUAAUGGAACAGGCUUUAACAUGGCUGCCGAGGGAAGUGGACAAGCAUCUGUUUAAUAAUGUAAUUGGAACACAGCCCCAUGUUGAAGGCGUGGCAGCCCUGGAAAAUGAUCUGAAUAAUUAAUAAACUAUGAAGUUUCUCCACAAUGUAGAAUGCUAAUGCUGGACUUUCUAGGAAGCAUGCUAGGAGAAAUUGAGUUUUAUGUUAUUUUGGUGUGGAAUUAAACUUUUAAUUGGUUUGUUUUUCUUAAUAAAUGUUUGUUUUUGAGUUGCUUCUUUAGCAUGCUCUGUUGUUUAUUAAUGACGACAUUCAAUUUCAUUGAUCAUUUUGUUUGGCCAAAUGGAGGCAACUCGAGCAAACGAGAUUGUUACAGAAGCACAUGCAGUAUAAUGCUGUAAUAUUUCUCAUGUUUGUACCAUGAUUUUCAGGUUGCUUUCUUCCUCAUUGGGGAAAGUCAGUGUCUGUACUGAUGUGCAGCAUAAAGGGCAUCAGAAUGUCGAAAUUGUGUAAAAUGAAAUAGAACAAAUAAAAUGUUCUGGUACA